CGAAAGGGACGGGCGGGCUCCGCCGAGCCGUGUGCUUCCGCGGGCUCCGGGGUCGCUGGGGCCUCGUGGCGGGGCGGCUCCGCGGGGCUUCGCCCGCUCCCUCACCUCCCUCGUGCCCUCUCGCGGCGCCCGGCGGGCCCUGCGCUUCGGCUGGAGAUCGAGGAAAGGUGAAAAACAAAUGUCAUCAUGUCUGGAAUCAAGCGAACAAUCAAAGAAACCGACCCUGAUUAUGAGGAUGUAUCUGUGGCCCUUCCAAAUAAGCGUCAUAAAGCAAUUGAGAAUUCAGCUCGAGAUGCUGCUGUGCAGAAGAUUGAGACUAUUAUCAAGGAACAAUUUGCACUUGAAAUGAAGAAUAAGGAACAUGAAAUUGAAGUCAUUGACCAGCGACUGAUUGAGGCAAGAAGGAUGAUGGAUAAACUUCGUGCCUGCAUUGUUGCAAACUACUAUGCUUCUGCAGGACUUCUGAAAGUUUCUGAGGGAUCAAAGACAUGUGAUACAAUGGUUUUUAAUCAUCCUGCUAUCAAGAAAUUUUUGGAGUCACCAUCUAGGUCAUCCUCUCCUGCCAAUCAGAGAUCAGAGACACCAUCAGCCAAUCAUUCAGAAAGUGAUUCUUUAUCUCAACAUAAUGAUUUCUUAUCUGACAAAGACAAUAACAGCAAUAUGGAUAUAGAAGAAAGACUCUCAAACAACAUGGAACAGAGACCAAGCCGAAAUACUGGAAGGGACACUGCUAGUAUUACUGGCUCUCAUAAAACAGAGCAGCGGAAUGCUGAUCUCACAGGAGAUGAGACUUCACGACUUUUUGUAAAGAAAACUAUAGUAGUGGGCAAUGUGUCCAAGUACAUACCUCCUGAUAAGAGAGAAGAAAAUGACCAAUCAACCCACAAGUGGAUGGUAUAUGUCCGAGGGUCUCGUAGAGAACCCAGCAUUAAUCAUUUUGUCAAGAAAGUUUGGUUCUUUCUUCAUCCCAGCUAUAAACCAAAUGACCUUGUGGAAGUUAGAGAGCCUCCUUUUCAUCUAACCAGAAGAGGCUGGGGUGAGUUUCCUGUCAGAGUUCAAGUUCAUUUUAAGGACAGCCAGAACAAGCGGAUAGAUAUCAUACAUAAUCUGAAGCUGGAUAGAACUUACACUGGCUUGCAGACUCUUGGAGCAGAGACGGUAGUGGAUGUUGAGCUUCACCGACAUUCUCUUGGAGAAGACUCCAUUUAUCCUCAGUCCUCCGAGUCAGACAUCUCUGAUGCCCCACCAUCAUUGCCUUUGACCAUUCCAGCCCCAGUGAAAGCUUCCUCACCGAUAAAGCAGUCACAUGAGCCAGUACCUGAUAUAUGUGUGGAGAAAGGCUUCCCAGCCAACACUGAAGCUGAGAGACACACUACAUUUUAUUCUUUGCCGUCUUCAUUGGAACGAACACCCACCAAAAUGACAACAUCCCAGAAAGUUACCUUUUGUUCUCAUGGCAAUUCAGCUUUUCAGCCAAUAGCAUCAAGCUGCAAAAUCGUGCCACAAAGUCAGGUUCCUAAUCCUGAGUCACCCGGAAAAUCCUUCCAACCCAUCACCAUGAGCUGCAAGAUUGUUUCAGGUUCCCCCAUAUCAACUCCAAGUCCAUCACCGCUGCCUCGAACCCCAACUUCCACUCCAGUCCAUGUGAAGCAAGGCACUGCCAGCUCUGUCAUUAAUAACCCUUAUGUUAUCCUGGAUAAGCCAGGGCAGGUUAUUGGAGCCACCACUCCCACUACAGGAAGUCCUACAAACAAGCUCUCUACUGCCUCCCAGGCCUCCCAAGGAACAGGUUCCCCUAUUCCUAAAAUUCAUGGAAGUAGUUUUGUAACAUCUGCUGUCAAGCAAGAGGAUUCUUUGUUUGCAUCUAUGCCACCUCUUUGUCCUAUUGGGAGUCACCCUAAGGUUCAAAGUCCCAAACCUAUAACUGGAGGACUUGGAGCUUUCACAAAAGUAAUCAUCAAACAGGAACCUGGUGAAGCCUCUCACGUGCCAACAACAGGAGCUGCCAGCCAGUCACCACUCCCUCAGUAUGUGACAGUGAAAGGGGGUCACAUGAUAGCUGUGUCCCCUCAAAAACAGGUCCUAACUGCUGGAGAAGGGACUUCCCAGUCACCAAAGAUUCAGCCCUCCAAGGUUGUUGGGGUGCCAGUUGGGUCUACUCUACCUUCAACAGUGAAACAGGCUGUGGCAAUCAGUGGUGGCCAAAUCCUUGUAGCCAAGGCCAGCUCUUCUGUUGCCAAAGCAGUUGGUCCAAAGCAAGUUGUGACCCAAGGAGUUGCCAAAGCCAUUGUGAGCGGAGGUGGAGGAACCAUUGUUGCUCAGCCGGUGCAAGCCUUAACCAAGGCGCAGGUCACUGCUGCCGGCCCGCAGAAGACUGGAUCGCAGGGUUCAGUAAUGGCAACAUUGCAGCUACCAGCCACUAAUUUGGCCAACUUGGCAAAUUUGCCUCCUGGCACUAAACUCUACCUUACGACGAACAGCAAGAACCCUUCAGGAAAAGGGAAACUGCUGCUGAUCCCUCAGGGAGCCAUCCUGCGAGCUACCAACAAUGCUAACCUCCAGUCUGGCUCAGCUGCGGGAGGCGGAGGCGGAGGAGGAGGCGGAGGCGGAGGAGGAGGAACAGGAGGGACCCAGAGCCCCGCCGGCCCUGGAGGGAUUUCUCAGCACCUGACUUACACAUCUUACAUCCUGAAGCAGACUCCUCAGGGUACAUUUUUAGUUGGUCAGCCAUCACCCCAGACAUCUGGAAAGCAGCUGACUACUGGGUCAGUGGUCCAAGGAACACUGGGAGUCAGCACAUCUUCUGCACAAGGGCAACAAACAUUAAAAGUCAUCUCUGGACAGAAAACCACUUUGUUUACCCAGGCAGCCCCUGGGGGACAAGCAUCGCUAAUGAAAAUAUCUGAUAGCACACUGAAGUCUGUGCCAGCCACCUCACAACUCUCAAAGCCUGGAACCACAAUGCUGAGAGUGGCAGGAGGGGUUAUCACAACUGCCACUUCCCCAGCUGUGGCGCUCUCAGCAAACGGUCCUGCCCAGCCGUCGGAAGGAACAACUCCCAGUUCAUCAUCUACUAUCGGUUCUGUUGUGAAAACUUCUGGGCAGCAAGCAGUGUGUGUGAGCCAGGCCCCCGUGGCAGCCUGCAAGGCCGCUGCUCCCUCCGUCAUCAGCGCCACGUCCCUGGUGCCCACGCCAAACCCCAUCUCUGGGAAAGCCACCGUGUCAGGAUUGCUAAAGAUUCACUCCAAUCAAUCCACUCCCCAGCAGGCUGUCCUGACGAUCCCCAGCCAGCUCAAGCCACUCGGUGUAAAUACAUCCGGAGGUGUACAGACUAUCCUGAUGCCUGUGAAUAAAGUGGUUCAGUCAUUUUCUGCCAACAAAUCACCUGCCAUUCUGCCUGUAGCUGCCCCAACUCCGAUUAUCCCCAGCUCUGCUCCAGCGGCUGUUACAAAAGUAAAGACUGAACCGGAAGCGCCUGGGCCAGGCUGCCUCUCUCAGGAGGGCCAGACAGCAGUGAAAACAGAAGAAAGUUCUGAGCUGGGAAACUAUGUCAUUAAGAUAGACCACUUGGAGACUAUCCAGCAACUCUUAACAGCAGUAGUAAAGAAGAUCCCUUUAAUCACUGCAAAAAGUGAGGACGCCAGCUGCUUUUCUGCGAAGUCCGUGGAGCAGUAUUACGGCUGGAACAUUGGGAAAAGGAGAGCUGCCGAGUGGCAAAGAGCAAUGACAAUGAGAAAAGUCUUACAAGAAAUCCUGGAGAAGAAUCCCAGAUUUCACCACCUGACUCCUCUUAAAACCAAGCACAUCGCUCACUGGUGUCGCUGCCAUGGCUACACCCCCCCCGAUCCCGAGACCUUGAGGAGUGACGGUGACUCUAUUGAGGACGUGCUGACCCAGAUCGACAGCGAGCCAGAGUGCCCGUCAUCGUUCUCCUCUGCCGACAACCUCUGCCGGAAACUGGAGGACCUGCAGCAGUUUCAGAAAAGAGAGCCAGAGAAUGAAGAGGAGGUGGACAUCCUCAGCCUCCCGGAGCCAUUAAAGAUCAACAUCAAAAAAGAACAGGAAGAGAAACAGGAAGAAAUGAAGUUCUACCUGCCACCAACACUGGGGUCGGAAUUUAUUGGUGACAUCACCCAGAAGAUUGGGAUCACUCUGCAGCCCGUGGCACUUCACAGGAACGUGUACGCCUCGGUGGUGGAGGACAUGAUUUUAAAGGCCACGGAGCAGCUGGUGAACGACAUCCUGAGACAGGCUUUGGCAGUUGGAUACCAGACAGCAUCUCACAACAGGAUUCCCAAAGAAAUUACAGUGAGUAACAUUCACCAGGCCAUUUGCAACAUUCCUUUUCUGGACUUUCUCACAAAUAAACACAUGGGAAUAUUGAAUGAAGAUCAGUGAAUGGAAUGAAGAUGCCCCUAGAAAAGCAGGAUUUGCAGAUGAGGCCGAAGCUUCGAACUGUGACGACUCUUCUCUUUGGGGAAGGAGGUUAUUUUCUGUGUGCCUCGGAAUAUUAUGGCUCCCAAACCAUUGCCUCCACCUAAUUCACUGUAACACCAGAGUGUUCGGUCCCAAAUCAGAUCCCUUUAGGACAGAAGUUUCUGAGUUUAGAAUGAAGUUGUGAGUGGGUAUGUGCUCUGUCAGCUUGCAUUUGCUCUCUCUGGAAAGGCUCCAGGAGAGAGUUUCCGAGCUGGGCCAGGCCACACGUAGCAGGUCCUUCUCUGGGUGUCAUGGGGCACCUUGGGCUUGAGUCUCCCUCCACAAGGCAGAAAAUAAGUCUGGCACGCUGGUGGUUCACCCAUUCUGGGGUUACAGGAAGCUCCAGCAGUUACCCUGGUAAUCUCUGGAGCGGGGCUGGGCUUCCGCACUCAGCAGGUGGCCGUGGCGUCGGGGACGCAGUCAGCUGUAGGAAGCAGUAAAGCCUUGCAGAAGUCAGAAGAGCCUGGGAGCCCGCAUGCUGCGCACUGGUGUUUUUUCAUGGAGCACGGGAACGUGACUACAGCCGAGGUCAGAGUGUAGUCAAGGGAUAGGCAGGUCCCAGCAUGGGUCCGGGAAAGGUGUGACUAACCAAGCAGCUCUUUAUAGGUCAGUAAUCCCAGGCACCUGGCCAACUCAGACCAGCUUUGCGUGUGUGCCGGGCAGAACGCUGUUCCACAGCGUUCGCGGGGUAUGCGGGUUACCCCGUGUUGAGUGACCAAUGGGGAGCAGCCCCUGGGCCAGGCCUGCUGGGAUGGUAAGUCCUGUCAGGGGACUUAGUGUCCUGUUCUUUGCCACUCGGCUUUUCUAAAGAAAAGCGUUUCAAGGAAAUACUGUGAGUGCCUUAAAGAUAGAGAAAUGACUGCUGAAGCCACAAGACAGGAAUGUCCGUGCUCAGAAGCAGUGAGAAUAGAUUGUGCCCAGAUGCGGAGCCCUCUUGGUGGGAGAAGUGAACAGAAGGAGGAAGGCCUGCAGGGCCCUGCAUGAUGCCCAGUUCCAUUAUAGAUACUCUGUCCUAAUCUUCCUAACAUAGUCUGUGUCGAAGGAAAGGAGAGAAAUUUGUCAGGAAUCUGCAAUUUGAAGGCAAUUUGAAGCCUGUGAAUCAAACUUACCAAUCAACAUAAUUGGAAGUUUUCGUGAGUUCUGUAGACGUUUGGGUCAGGAGCAGAAGGCAGGGAGGUGACUAAGAGAUCUGCCCUUUAUUCAGCAUCUGAGGAUUGCAGAUGCACAAGGAAAUCUGUUUAGUAAGGCAUCGGGCAUGCCUGGGCUUAGUAAAAAAAAUAGUUUAGUACAUAAAGGCUCAGAUACUCUAUACAUUAACUACUGCAAGCGAGGUUAGUGGGCAAGUGCAUAGAUUUAUUCAGCAGUGGACUGUGACAGAUCUACAGGAUGGAGGAUUUGAUCCAAAUGAGAACAGAUUGAUUUAUUACAGGUAUGAAAGCCUAAAUUAUCUUUUUGCAAAAGAAAUAUUAAAUCAUUUAACAGUUCCCAUAUGUGUUAAUGUUUCAAAUGUAUUUGUAUAACGUGUAACAUAAUUGUGUAACAGAAAUCUACAAUAAAUCUUUUAGUAUUUGUGA